GGGAGAUCGAGCUGGCGGAGCAGCGGCCGGUGGGGGCAUUGCCUUCUCCUCCCAUGGCUAGGACGAGGGAGCUUUAGGAAUUGUUCGCCCUACGUCUGCGGGCAGAGCCACAAGGAACUGGUGUUCCCGCUGUUAUUCCCUUGUCCUGUCAUUGAUGGGAAAUCAACUGGAUCGCAUCACCCACCUGAAUUACAGUGAGCUGCCAACAGGGGACCCUUCUGGAAUAGAGAAGGACGAGUUGCGAGUUGGGGUGGCAUACUUUUUCUCGGAUGAGGAGGAGGACCUGGACGAUAGAGGGCAGUCCGAGCGGUACACUGUGAGGGACUCAAGUCCAAGCGAAUGUGAGGGGCAUCUUCUGCUCAACGAAAUUGAGUUCUCAGCCUUUAGUUGUCAGGAAUGCAUCUUUUCCAAGCUCAGGGGAAGCCAGGACCUCAGUGUCUACCCUAUGCAAGGCUUACUGACCUUCUGCCAACCAGGAGACCUCCUGGAGCUGCUCUUUAUUUGCCCUGCUGCAGAACAUCCUCCUCCCCCAUCACCUCACUGGGCAGUCUACGUUGGUCAGGGACAGAUCAUUCACUUGCACCGUGGGGAGAUCCGCAAAGACAAUGUUUUCGAGGUAGGCGGAGGGUGCAUGGGCAGGGUGGUGAGUAGCUGGUAUCGAUACAGACCCCUGACUGCUGAGCUGGUCCUUCAAAACGCAUGUGGACACCUUGGCUUGAGAAGUGAUGAGAUCUGCUGGACUAACUCUGAGAGCUUUGCUGCCUGGUGCAGGUUUGGCAACAGGGAGUUCAAAGCUGGUGGGGAGGUCCAUUCGGGCAAUCUUCAGUAUUUCUUGAAGCUCCACUUGGAAGAAAACAAUAUUCAUACCAUGAGGUUUCACAGCCUGGAGGAACUUAUACGGGAGAAGCGAAAUUUGGACGCUAGUGGGAAAUUAAGAGUCAUGAAGGAACUCUCCAUGAUGGAGAACAAAGAGUGAGAACAUGUAGACCUCUCCUUGGUGGAGAGACCGUGAUGACAUCUGGGGAUGGCAUCUCCAUUCCCAGACUUGCCAAAUGAGGUUGCACAUUUUUGGGACACCUUUCUAAGGAUCAUGUCAACAUUCCUAAAACCAGCAUUACACCAUAGCCACUAUUUGUUUUUUUGGCUUUUACAACAUGGUUAUCACCAAGUAUCUAAAGAAUCAAAAAACAAA